UGCCCUCACUUCCACUCCCCGCUCCCAGGAAGACUCCCAGCGGCUCGGAGAGCUCCACAAACCUUCAGAUAUCGCCGGGCGGAGAGCUCCGGAGAUCGGGCUGAUGGCGCCAUGAGAACGCCGGCGGAGGACAGCGCACACCGGCGGCCCCGGAGCUCUGAUCGCGGCCUGGACGCGGAGCUGUGAUCGCGGAGGUUUGUUCUCAUUGUGUGCGGAGUGGCGCAGGAGAAAAGGAUGCCUCCGCGGCCGCGGACGCUCCUCCUGCUCCCCUACAACACACCCAUUAUCCCCCGACAGAAACCGUCUUUUGUCUCCUCUGCGACGGAGGGUUUGUUGUCGAGGAGCGCGCAGAUUUGUGACCGUCCAGCAUGCUGCCAUGAGAACUCUCCAUGAUAACAAGGAGGAGGAGGAGGAGGAGGAGGAGGGGGGCUGCAGCGCCAUGGAGGACAAGGAGAACAAUCUGAGGACGGCCAGGUUGUGGAGGGAUGCCGCCCUGCGCUCCAGGAAGCUGCGGAGCAACCUGCGCCAGCUCACCCUCUGCUCCAAAGACAACCAGAUCGUCCUGCCGGAGGACAUCGCGGAUAUAGAGGUGCUCAACCUGGGAAACAACUCCCUGCAGGAGCUCCCGGAUGGGCUGGGGUCCUCCCUCAACAACCUGCGCAUCCUGGUGCUCCGCAGGAACAAGUUCACGGUUGUCCCCCGGGUGGUGUUUGAGCUGGUGCAGCUGGUGGAGCUCGACAUGAGCCACAACUGCCUGCGGAGUCUUUCGGAGGGAGUCGGCCAGCUGAAGGCGUUGAAGAAGCUAUGCGUCAGCCACAACAAGAUCCAGAGUCUGCCGGCUCAGAUCGGAGCGCUCCAGCUACUGGAGGAGCUGGACAUCAGCUUCAACGACCUGCACGACCUCCCCAGAGCGUUCUCCGGCCUCUCCAGGCUGCGGACUCUGGACGCGGACCACAACAAGCUGAACCAGUUCCCCCCUGAGAUCCUGGCGCUCAGCGAGCUGGAGGAGCUGGACUGCUCCGGGAACAAGUUUGAGGUGUUGCCGGCCGACAUCGUGAAGCUGCGGUCCAUCAAAAUCCUCUGGCUGAGCAGCCUUCACAUGUCCACGCUGCCGGAGUCGUUCUGCCGCCUGCAGCACCUGGAGAGCCUGAUGCUGGACGGGAACGAGCUCACGACGCUGCCGGCCGCUUUUGGUCAACUGCAGAGACUCAAAAUGAUCAAUUUGUCCUCAAACGAGUUUGAAAACUUCCCGCAGGUUAUUUUGAGCAUCACAGGGUUGGAGGAGAUUUACCUGAGCAGGAACAAACUGACUCAGAUCCCGGAGGAGGUGGGGCAGCUGGUGAACCUGGCCAACCUGUGGCUGGACAACAACAGCAUCACAUACCUGCCGGACUCCAUCGUGGAGCUGGAGAAGCUGGAGGAGCUCGUCUUACAGGGUAACCAAAUAGCCAUACUCCCGGAUAAUUUUGGGAAACUGUCCAAAGUGAGCAUUUGGAAGGUGAAGGACAACCCGCUCAUCCAGCCUCCGUACGAGGUGUGCAUGAAGGGGAUCCCCUACAUCGCAGCAUAUCAGAAGGAGCUCGCUCACUCGCAGCUCGCCGUGAAGCCACGGCUGAAACUCGUUCUGAUGGGGGCGAAAAACGCCGGGAAGACUCGACUCAGGCAGAGCGUGGUGAGCAGACAGCAGGACGGCGUCCAGGGGAACAAAGGGAUCGAAGUGACGAACUGGGUGGCGGACGCCGAUCGCUGCCUCACGUUUCUGGUGUACGAUCUGUCAGGGAAGCAAAACUACGACCUCAUCAAACCGUUCUUUCUCUCCCCUGGUGCUCUCUACAUCCUCGUCGUCAACCUCAAAACAUAUUUGCCCAAAAACUUUUACGCCCACGUCGGGUAUUUCCUCCACCUGCUCAGCGCCAAAGUCCCGCAUGCCGUCGUAUGCUUGGUGGGCACGCAUGCGGACCUGUGUGGUGAGGUGGAGUUGGAGGAGAAGACACUGGACAUCCACAAACAGAUCGGCCUGCAGGAGCGGAGGGACGUCCAGGUUCUGCGGAGCCUGGCUCUGCAGGUGGACCAGGCGCUGGAGCAGGGCUACAGUGUCCGCUCCUCCAGCCCUCACGUCCUCUUCUACGGCGUCUCCGACCGCAACCUGAGGCGCAGGAAGUCCCAGUUGCAGUACAUGCUGAACCACCGGCUGCAGAUCCUGUCCCCCCUGCUGAGUGUCAGCUGCACCGAGACGCAGAGGAACAUCCAGAGGCUGCGGGAUAAGCUCAUGUCCGUCGCAGACCACCGGGAUAUCUUCCCCAACCUCCACCGUGUGCUGCCCAAGUCCUGGCAGAUGCUGGAGGAGCUGCACUUUAAGCCCAAAGACUUGUGGCUGUCGUGGUGGGACUCGGCCCGUCUGGGUCUGCAGGCGGGGCUGACGGAGGACCGGCUGCAGAGCGCCCUCUCCUACCUGCACGAGAGUGGGAAGCUGCUGUACUUUGAGGACAGCCUCACUCUGAAGGAGUAUGUUUUCCACAAUCUUCCACGAUUCAUCGCAAUUCUCAACGUCUUCUUCCAGCGGGACGAGUCCUCGCUGCUGGACAGGCUGCUCUCGGAGGGCGAGAGAGGGGACAAGGGCAGGGUGAGUCUGGUGAUCGAGGACGAGAAGGGCGAGAACCUCAGGGUGACCCACCUGCAGCACCACGUGGAGGGCUUCCUGCAGCACGGCCUCCUGCCCUCCAACGUGAUUCGGCUGCUGCUGCGGCCACUCAUCCAGACACAGCAGGACCUGCACCUCAUCAUGGAGCUGCUGGAGAAGAUGGGCAUCUGCUACUGCAUCAACAAGCCUCGCAGCAAGCCCCUGAACGGCGCCACCGCCUGGUACAAGUUCCCCAGCUACGUCAGCAGCGAGGAGCCGCAGGCGGAGGCUGCAGCGGCAGGUAGCGGCGGCUCUCUGCCGCUGUGCCAGUUCUUCUCGGUGGAGCAGCUGCACAUCCAGUACAGCUUCCCCUUCCUGUUUCCUCCCGGACUGUUUGCGCGUUUCAGCGUGCAGAUCAACAGCCACGUGGUGCAGAGGUCGGACGGUCGGCACCAGAUCUUCGCCUACAGGGGCAAGGUCCCCGUGGUGAUCAGCCACCGGCCGUCCAAAGGGAAGCUGCAGGUGGAGACGCUGUCCAUCGCCAGCCACGCCUCGCUGCCCAACAUCUGGACAGCGUGGCAGGCCGUCACACCACUGGUGGAGGAGCUGAACGUGCUGCUGCAGGAGUGGCCUGGUCUGCACUACUCCGUACAAAUACUCUGUUCCAAGUGCCUGAAGAGAGGGUCGUCCAGCCCACACGCCUUUCCAGGUGAGCUGCUGAGCCAGCCGCGGCCCGACGGUCUGACCGAGAUCAUCUGUCCAAAGAACGGCUCCGAGCGGGUCAACGUGGCUCUGGUUUACCCCCCGACUCCCACCGCGCUCAGCCCCUGUCUCAAGUGACCCGAGGGGGGGGGGCUCGUCUCGCCGUUUCACCAGAGCCUCCACCUCCACCUGUGCACCCCCCCGACACCCCCAUCAGCCCUCUUCACCAACCUGGACCUCCAGCUGCAGGCGGCGCCGGAUCACUGCCUCGAGUACGAAACCUGGACCCAAAAACACUCCGGCGUUUUUCUGUCUCUCUUCUGACAGAAACACGAGUAAAAUACUGAAAAGCAGCGAACGAACAGACACCCAAAACCUGAGAUCUCCUGCAGAGCAGCAACACGCACUUUUCACAAUCAAGCAGUCUUUGGGCUGCGUCUCCGAUGUCUCGUCUUGUGGACACUGGACAGUAUUUAAGGAGCACAAACUGUAGCAUCAGCGAGGCCUCGUCCCCACAGACGCAGCACGGCUCACCGCUCUCCGGACUUUUUUAUUCAUUUCAAACUCUCACGGACUCUUCGGAUCAUUUCAUCACACACAGAGACGAAACAACAAACGUGUUUUUCUGCCGAGUCUCAGCUUUUUCUGGGACCGAAAAGUCCCGCGGGACGUUUAAAUGUUUGACCGCGGCUCGCUGUGUGAAGUGUGGAAGCAUGAAAACUUGUUGAAUUUCAGAAAGAUGAACUGUGUCGACGUGUAAAUAUUUCUGUGGGCAAACUGAAACGUUUCGGAGCUGCUGCUGCGUCCGAAGCUUCGCGCUGAAUUCACGUUUAAACUUCAGCCCCAAAAAUCUUCAGGUCAAAAGCUUAAAUUGA